AUGCUGAAGUAUACGCUGGCAAUGCAUCGCUUGUUGGCCUUCACGAGAUGGGUCACCCCAACCAACGUUCCCAAACGCUUCACAACGCAGAUGUACAUCUACAUGCUCCCGCACUCUGCCUCAACAGGCGCCAAGGCCGCGGAGCACGAGAUCAUCGUGCCGACGCCGGACGGGGGCGUGGAGCACACGGCCGCCAAGUUCGACGACGCCUCCGUAUGGCUCUCCCGCGCCGACAAGGGCGAGAUUAUCCUCUUCCCGCCGCAGUAUUACCUGCUCUUCCUCGUCGCGCAGUUCUGCAAGGGCUCGUCAAGCGGGGCCGGCGUCGAGCACUUCGCGGCGCAGCGGGAGCAACUGAAGGAGUUCCUGAAGCGGAUCCCGACGGCUGAGUCGGAGGCAGCGAGGAAGCAGCCCACGUCGGAGAUCCCCUGGGCGGACAAGGUCAUGAGCCCGCAUAACCUGUUCAUCCGCGAGGAGGACAACCGCGUCGUGCUCGGGAUCGAUAAGCCGGGGCCGGAGCUCAAGGGCUCGGGGCGCGGGGGCGACUGGGAGAGGGUCGUGUUAGUCAAGUUCACGCGCGAGGGCCCGCGCAAGGUCGAGGUUCGGGGGCGGGAGGAGGUCUUGAGGGAGGAGAAGGAGGCGAAGAGGGCGAGAGAGGAGUCGGAGAAGUCGAAGAUCUGA